UUCUUGAGACAACCCUUGUAGACCCACAAGCAGAUUGAUAUUGAAGUUCUGAGUGGCCAUUGCUAGCUCUCGAAAGGUGAAGACCUCUGUAUGGACUCUUACAUUUCCAUGCUUUACUGCAGCAUCUUCUGUUACCCUUGGCUUCCUUCUACGUGGACAACAUUAUGGUUCAACAAGUUAGAUUUCAGUAAUCAUGGGUGAAGCUGGACUGGUUGCACUUGUUGUGUUGCGGGAUGCUGCUCUUGUAGGCGGUGCAGGUUACAAACGGGCGACCAAUUUUGAUUGGGAGCGGCGGAAAAAUUGGCGCGACUUCUUCGAUCUCAAUGGAGCUCAUGUCCAAAGGGUUGAGCCUCUCUUGAUCAGCAAGGUGAAUACAGUUUUCCAGCUCAUCUUAGUUGCAGCAGCUCUACUUCAACCGGAUUUCGGAAAUGAUCAGACCCAGAUUUACAUAAACUAUCUAAGUUGGUUAGUGGCAUCAACAAGAGUGGCUUCUACAGAAGCAUACGGUGGACAGUACUGGAAAAAUGGAGCUUCAUUGAUGAAGUCUAGCUAGCUCUUUGAAGUCUGAAGAACAC